GAUUCGAUCUGACGAAAUUUUUUUAACUUAAUAUUUUGUUACAAUUGAAAUUCAACCGCUAGCAAAAAAGCAAGCAUGUUGAUGAAGAAUGCUGUUGAUAGCUUUAGUUUAAUGAACACAUUUCUCAAGUCUGUGAGCAGUUUCAGAGGGCUGAACUCGAGGGUUGGGAGAUUCUCUUAUUUUGCAUCAUACUCUGCUUCUUCACUGCAACCUGCACUUGAUUCAGAUAGCAGGAGUGAUGAUGAAAGUUCUGACAUUGAUUGGGACAAGCUCGGAUUUGGUGUAGUUCGGACUGACUACAUGUAUGUCAUGAAAUGCUCUUUGGGUGAUACGUUUUCAUGUGGAGAACUCAAUCGUUACAGCAACAUCGAGUUGAACCCAGCAUCUGGAGUCUUAAACUAUGGACAGGGUAUAUUUGAAGGCUUAAAAGCAUACAGAAAACGAGAUGAUCGUGGCUUCUUGCUCUUUCGACCUGAGGAAAAUGCACUUAGAAUGCAGAUGGGUGCUGAGAGAAUGUGCAUGCCAUCUCCUACCAUCGACCAAUUUGUGCAUGCGGUGAAGCAAAUAGUGCUGGCAAAUAAGCGUUGGGUUCCACCCCAAGAGAGGGGAUCUUUAUACAUUAGGCCCUUGCUCAUAGGAAGUGGGCCUGUACUUGGUUUGGCGCCGGCACCAGAGUACACAUUUCUAGUUUAUGCUGCACCAGUUGGAACUUACUUCAAGGAGGGUUUAGCCCCGAUAAACUUACUUGUUCAAGAUGAAAUUCAUCGCGCCACUCCUGGAGGAACUGGUAGCGUGAAAACCAUCACCAAUUAUGCGCCAGUUUUAAAGGCACAGAUGAUAGCUAAGAGUAAAGGAUUUACAGACGUGCUAUAUCUUGAUUCCGUGAAGAAAAAGUAUUUGGAGGAAGCCUCUUCUUGCAAUAUAUUUAUUGUGAAGGAUAGUGUGAUAUCAACUCCAAUCACACAGGGGACUGUUCUUUCUGGCAUAACACGAAGAAGCAUCAUUGAAAUUGCACGCGACUACGGCUAUCAGGUUGACGAAAGACUAGUCUCUAUUGAGGAUCUAAUGGAUGCAGAUGAAGUGUUUUGUACCGGGACUGCUGUAGUUGUUUCUCCUGUCGGCAGCAUUACUUAUCACGGGCAAAGAUUUGAGUAUAAAACUGGAGCUGAAACUGUCUCUCAAAGGCUACACAAAUCUCUUACAUCCAUUCAGAUGGGCCUUGUAGAAGAUAUGAAAGGAUGGACAGUUCAAAUUGAUUAAAUUCCCUAAAAGUGAGCUUAACAACUAGUAAAGUAAGAAUCAUGGAGACAACCAAAAAAAGGAAGUAAAUCAAAUUGUGAGGAUCAUAUCACUUCAUUGUGACCUGAAGGUAUUGGAUUCAAGUAACAGAAAUAGCCUCUUCAUGUUGGAGUAUAAUGACUGCAGACAGCCGAUCUAUCUUGGUCCCUGCAGCGGAUGGAGCCUUGUGUUGCUCAUGAAAUUGUAUUUCCAGGCGUCUUUAAAAUGUAAAUAUGCAGGUAUUUCGUUAUUUAAGGAUCGGACAGAAUAAUCAGUAAGUUACGUUCUUAUUGGUUUGAAUUGUUAUUGUUGUUGUUAUUAUUGUCACCUGCGAGUAAUCUUCACACUUUUAACUUCCUAUGUUAAGCAUUCAAUUGGUAUGUUGGAUUUCAUAGAGAAAAUGAAAGCAUCUUUUCACUUUUAA